ACAUGAAGGAAUUUCCGCUGACGUCACUGCGUAAGUCCAUAACAGGGCUGCAGCUGUCUGGAAGCAACAAUAACAAGCCGUAAUAACCAGUAACUUCAACGCGACCGAAGCGCUAUAUGACAGCGCCAAAUAUUCCGAAAUCUCGCAAAAUGUGGCGGUAGGAAUAAUUGCCGCCUUCGUCUUUUGGUCCUCCGAGUCGAAGUGUUCGUCUUUUUUGUCGCAGCAAUUGCUGCGUAUCGAACAGCAGAUUCGGCCGCGAGGGAACGAGACAGUUGGGGGCUGCAUCUGGGUCAGUGGGCCUGUCGGCGGCUUUGCCGGUGGUUUCAUUGCCCCUGCGUUGUCCCACUGCGACUGUCGUCCUUUUUUUUGUACUCGCCAUACAAAGUGUGCUAACAUGCAGGCUAACGGGGCAGUGCCGGACCGAGACCCUGAAGUGUCCAGCCGAAACGGUACCCCGAACGGCGACUCGUCCGACGCUGGGGCAGCUCACUCCAAUGGACUUGUGUCAGCCACCAACAAUGGAAACCCAGUGAGUAACAACAACGGAGUGUCAGCCCAGCCCGCGUCCAACAACAUCAACAACAGCUCGGGCGACAUCAACUGUGGCGUCAAGAAAAAGAAGCGCUUGUCUCAGUCUGAGGAAGACGUCAUCAGGCUCAUUGGGCAACAUUUACACGAUUUGGGUCUCAAUCAGACGGUGGACCUCCUCAUGCAAGAAUCUGGGUGCAGGCUGGAGCAUCCCUCUGCCACAAAGUUUCGCAAUCAUGUCAUGGAAGGAGAGUGGGACAAGGCGGAGAGUGAUCUAAAUGAGCUGAAGGCACUGAUGCAUUCUCCUACUGCUAUAGUGCGCAUGAAGUUCCUCCUGCUGCAGCAGAAGUAUUUGGAGUAUCUCGAGGAUGGUAAAGUCUUGGAGGCUCUGCAGGUUCUCAGAGCCGAACUCACGCCUCUCAAGUACAACACAGAGCGCAUUCACAUUUUGAGCGGGUACCUGAUGUGCAGUCACGCAGAGGACCUGCGAGCCAAAGCGGACUGGGAAGGCAAAGGCACUGUAUCCCGAACAAAGCUGCUGGACAAACUCCAGAUGUGGUCUUUCUGCGUGUGUGCAGCCUACCUGCCUCCGUCAGUGAUGCUGCCUCCUCGCAGGCUGCAGACUCUGCUAAAACAAGCAGUGGAACUACAGCGGGAGCGCUGCCUCUACCACAAUACUAAGCUGGACAGUGGACUGGACUCUGUCUCCUUGCUGCUCGACCACGGCUGCAGCCGGAAACAGUUUCCCUGCUACACCCAGCAAAUACUUACCGAACACUGCAAUGAAGUCUGGUUCUGCAAGUUCUCCAAUGAUGGCACAAAACUGGCAACUGGCUCUAAAGACACUACUGUUAUUAUAUGGCAUGUUGACACGGAAACAAGGCAGGUGAAGUUAAUGAAGACUCUGGAGGGUCAUGCGUAUGGAGUUUCUUACUUGGCAUGGAGCCCUGAUGAUGCCUACCUGAUAGCAUGUGGUCCUGACGAUUGCUCUGAGUUAUGGCUGUGGAAUGUACAGACGGGGGAGUUACGAACAAAGAUGAGUCAAUCUCAUGAAGAUAGUCUCACUAGCGUGGCGUGGAAUCCAGAUGGCAAACGCUUCAUCACUGGUGGGCAGAGAGGCCAGUUCUACCAAUGUGACUUGGAUGGAAACCUUCUGGACUCAUGGGAAGGCAUUCGUGUGCAGUGCCUGUGGUGUUUGGGAGAUGGACGCACCGUCCUUGCUUCUGACACCCACCAGCGCAUUCGUGGCUACAACUUUGAGGACCUGACGGACAGAAGCAUAGUCCAGGAGGACCAUCCAAUAAUGUCCUUCACAGUCUCCAAGAAUGGAAGGUUAGCUCUGCUCAACGUUGCUACCCAGGGAGUGCACCUCUGGGACCUGCAGGAUCGGGUGCUGGUGAGGAAGUACCAAGGAGUGACACAGGGCUUCUACACCAUUCACUCCUGCUUUGGAGGCCACAAUGAGGACUUCAUUGCAAGUGGCAGUGAAGACCACAAAGUUUACAUCUGGCACAGGCGCAGCGAAUUGCCCAUCGCAGAGCUGACUGGACACACGCGCACAGUCAACUGUGUAAGCUGGAACCCCGUCCUGCCUGGUCUCCUGGCAAGCGCCUCCGAUGACGGAACCAUCCGAAUCUGGGGACCAGCCCCCUUUCUGGAGGUCCAAGAUGCAGACGGACUCAACGAUUGUUGCAGCAUGGACAGCUGAUGACGUGCGACCGCUGCCGAUGUCGCUGUGAACACGACGAGCACUAAAUGACUCUGGUGACACUUGACUGGGAUGGAGCAAGGAAGAGUUUUGAUCGGCGAACAGCUGCACCCCGGCGGCUGAAGCAGCGGUGGCUGUGUAUCGGGAGGUCCCAUCGACUUCUUGAGACCACACCUGGAAGUCCGUCAUCUGACACACCUUCGCCUGACUGGAUCCACCCACCUUCUCUUUAUUUAUUAUCAGAGACAUAAUUUAUUAAGUGGCAAAACAGCUCAUGGUAGAGGGGGUGUGUGUGCGCGUGCGUGUAUGUGCGUGUCUGAGUGUGUGUGUUGUUUGCUUCCUUUCUUCACCAUAACAUUUUGAGAUUUUACCUGCAGGAACACAAUGGAUGUAAUGAAUGAUCUUCUACGGUAUAUUGUAAUUUUAAAAGUACAGAAGAGAUUUUAUGGUUUUGUUUACCUUCCACUUUGUUGCUGACGUGCGUAGACAGAAGAAUCUUCAAUGAGCAUGUUGCACAAGAUUUCACAAAAAAUGUCAUGAUUGAUGGUCCACUUACAUUAUGUCCUCCAUCUCGUCAGACAUUGAGUAACUAACUUGUGGUAGGUGAUACAUUGGCAUCGUCAGUGUAGAUUCCUUCGUUUAUUAUGGCUUUAAUAGUUGCUUUUAUACAGUACACAAAUUCUCGUUUGGUUGUUGCCUGUUUUAGUAUAGUUUUGUUUAGUUGCAACUUUCUUUGUUUCUUUUUUCCUCAUUAUAAAUUGAGUUAAACAUUUUAAAUUAGACCUCCUGCUUUUUUUUUUACUUUCUUUUAGCCAAAGCUAAAUAUUAGGAUGUCAAAACACAACCGUGUCUGUCUCUUGAAAGUUAGAUUUUUUUUCCCAUCUUGUGUCUUACCUAAAAAAGCAAGAAAAGUUGUAAUUCAUCCCCCAAAAAAACAUUCACAAAUAUCACAUCGUGAGUUAAAAUAAAGCCGCAAAAAUAAUCUCCUAAAACAUUGGCGUUGUUAAUCUUCUUUCAUACAGCUGUUGUAAGCUACUUUCAAUGCCGGUACUUUUAGUUAGUAUUUCUGGCGGUGAGAUGGAUUUACGUCUUAUCUGUGUGCGGUCAGGAAUGUCACCUAAUGCACCCGUCGCCCAGAGGGUGUCGGAAUUCAGGUAUGCACGUGAUGUGUUGAUCGUGAACGUAUAUUUCAGAUUGCGAGACCGGCAGUUUAAAUUUGUACACAUCGCUACUGAGGUUGUUUUACAAUGAGCUACUUACUUACUUUCCACGCUGUAAAAAAAAAAAAAAAAAAGAUUCUCACCAACUUGUACAAAGUGUUUCCUUUCAUAGACUCAAGUAAAAAUCUGUUUUUUGAUGUUGUGUGUGCUGUAUAUUUGUGUUAUGGCAUGUUUGAUGAGGCUGUGUAGAAAGACAGGAUACAAAUUAUGCCACAGGGUUCCUGCAUUUUUAUUUGACGUCCCCCACCAUGUCAAAAAUGUUUCCGAGAGCCUUUCCCAUGAGAUACAAGACUGUCUUAUAUUGACAACAGAUUGCACUGGAAAAUCAACAAUUUGGGAUGUACAAUUCACAACAGUUUCAUUUCACCAUCGUAGCGUAAGGUUUUUAAAAUGCUUUUAUAAAUGGCUUGGUAAAAAGGAAAAACUGUUAAGCCAUUGAAGACUUGCCUCGAUUACGGGAACCCUGUUUCUGUGUAAACAUCAUCCUCAUCAUCACUUAACACACACACACUUCGGUCAGUCACAGCUGUGGUGAGCAAGUCUCUUCUUCUGCUAUGGUUUCUUUUGAUUCUGUGGUUCAGGCUUCUCUUGCUGUAAAAUAACGAAAAGUAGGAACUUCCUUUGCUUGCAGGUAGUUUCUGCCAGAUGCGUGUUAUUCAAAAGUGAUUGUACUGUUCUGUAAUUGUUCUGUAUACAAAUUUUAAAUAAAGAGUCAGGGUUUUAAAA